AUGGCGUCCACAUCACAAAACUCUGCCCCAGCUUGGCCCAAUGGUGCCGCACCAAAAGGUCGCAAGGCCAAAAACCGCUCAUUCGCCAAGAUACUUCCAAAGUCAAACUCCCCCACCUGUAAAUCUUUUGCCGAGUUCACAUGUUACCUGCUUGGCCACACGAGGAAUCAUCCACAUUUCCCCAACCCGCCAACUGAUGAACAGCUGAUGUCACUCACACCUCUAACACAGGAAGGCAUCCUGUCCGACACCUCCGUCUUUGUCAACUACAGCUCCGACAAUCACCCAAAUCCAUUGGACUGGAGUGUUUUCAAGGCUCUUCUGCACACUGAUAUGGCCAACCACCAAAUUGAAGGACCUUUUACUUUUGAUUGGGAAGCUCAGGGAGGUGAAGACGCUGCAUGGAAUCAAGUGAUGAUUUUAUUCACCGUAAAGCAUUGGAUGUUUGCCAGGAGGGCAUCUGCUUUUCAAAAGUUUGGACUGGAUGUCAAAUGGGAGAAGGAAGUUAUCUAUAUUGGUAUUGUUACUCGAUGGGUUAUUUGGCGAAUUGAAGACUGGAAGAAUGAGUUUGCCUCUCCGGAAAAGAUUGCACAGCGGGAGCGCAGUAGGAAGCGACAAGAUCUCUUUAUAUACCGUAAAUCCACUGUCAAACAAUUCCUCAAAGACUUUAUAGAUCUCCUGCCAGAAGCAGCAUGUUGCUCUGAUACUGAGGAUGAUUCUCUUGGUCAUCAGCGCUCAAUUCAGCCUGAAUGGCGCAGUGCCAAGUAUGGAGAGUGGCUUCAUAAGAUAGAUGUACUUUCAUACAAUCAUCAAGCCACUGUGAAGUUGAGGACUGAAGCAGCUAGGAGAUUUGAUACUCGAUGUGAAGCGGGCAACAAGAUCAAUCCUUUGGCCAAAGUAUGUGGUAAUCUUCCAGCAAACUGCUAUGAUAGUGGGUUUUUGAGGCAAUGUGGUGACCUGGAAAAAUUGAGAUUGGGGGUUACAAACAACCCUUCACGUCUUGAUGAUGCACUGCAGGCUAUUGCUAGAUUGUUGUGA